CCGCCGCCGCCGCCGAGGGCGGGGCCAGCUCGGCGGACGGCCCAUCCGGGGAGCGGCGGCCGCCCUCCUUUUUCUUUUUAACCCCGCCGCCCUCCUUCCCUCGAGCCCGCCGGCCGCCUCUCUCUCCCUCAUCCCGCCUCGCCCGGCGUCACGCAGCGCCAUGGCUCCCGCCGGCGACCGCGAGGGCUACUGGGGGAAGCCCACCUCCACCCUGGACUGGUGCGAGGAGAACUACGUCGUCUCCCACUACAUCGCCGAGUUCUGGAACACCGUUAGUAAUUUGAUUUUCAUUCUACCUCCAAUCUAUGGUGCAAUUCAGAGUUACAGAGAUGGCCUCGAAACACGAUAUAUAAUAGCUUAUUUGUGUGUCGCAGCCGUAGGUUUGGGCUCGUGGUGCUUUCACAUGACCCUAAAGUAUGAAAUGCAGCUGUUGGAUGAGCUGCCCAUGAUCUACAGUUGUUGCAUCUUUGUCUACUGCCUGUAUGAAUGUUUCAAGUACAAGAAAACAAUCAAUUAUCCCCUCCUGUUUAUACUAAUAGGCUACAGCAUUGGCGUCAGCAUAGUAUACCUAAAUUGGAAACAGCCGGUGUUUCAUCAGGUUAUGUAUGGAACGCUGGUGGCUGUUCUAGUACUGCGAUCUGUAUAUAUAGUCUUAUGGGUAUACCCGUGGCUGAGGGGCCUAGGCUAUACGUCCCUGACAGUAUUUUUGCUGGGGUUUUUCCUUUGGAACGUAGACAAUAUUUUCUGCGAUAAACUGAGGGGUUUGCGGGCGAGGCUACCUCCGCUUGUGAGCGUCAUGACGCAGUUUCACGCCUGGUGGCACAUUCUUACAGGCCUCGGCUCCUACCUUCAUAUCUUGUUCAGCUUAUAUUCAAGGACACUUUACCUGAAGUACAGGCCAAAGGUCAAGUUUCUCUUUGGGAUUUGGCCUGUUCUCUUAGUAGAAUCGACCAAUAAGCAAGAAUCUGCAAAGAAGCAAUGACGAGGACAUUUGACCAACGCUGAAGAGACAACUUACCCCAGAUGCAUCAGCAGAGUCUACAAUAAACCACUUGGACUGGCGCGUUGAACGUUCUUGCAAAGGAAUAUCCCCCUUCCCUUCCCUCGGGAGCUGCAGAGAAUCUGUAGAAACAAGAGCCAGCCUAUCUACAGAAGCCACGAUUAGAGGUUUUUCUGUGCUGGAGGUAUCAAAACGAGGGCGUGGGAUUUCUGUGUACAAUACUUUUCGAGCUGCUGGGCUGGCAGAUUGUGCUGCUCACAGAAAGCAAGUGUGUUUUCUGUUCUUGACGGUGGGUUACAGAGGUUUUUGUUUGGCUGGCCAGAAUUUUCAUUUGUGGGUGAAAACAUGUCUGAGCAUCAUUUGAGCCAGUCAGGAACGGACAGACCAUCUAUUUAAUCUUUAUAGGGGUCUCUGUGUUCUCGGGCACACUCUGUAUGUCUGCUGCUACAUCCUAACCGUCCGGGGCUUUACUCUGGCUUUCCAAAAAAAUGGUUUCUUUAGCAAUUUGCACACGAUAAGGGGAGCUGGGGUAGGAGUGUUAUUCUCUUAACUGAGUGAAAUGUCCUGUUUCCUUUACAGACAGUGGGAUUUUAAUUUGAUGGGGGAGUGUCUUUCCACGUGCAAAAGGUUUGUGAAAUUUGCUGUUAAGUCAGUGAUACUCGCACCAUAAACAGAAGUCGUCCACCCCAGUGGUUACUUGUGGAACCAAUAAAACAGUAUUAGCUAGAGAGGUGUGACCCAGGAUCCCUUGUGGAACAGAAGAGGAUGCUGGGACACAUUUCUGCGAUCACUGUGCAGCUGCAAAAUGUUCUGAACCAGAGUAGGAGAACCGCCCCUUCGAAAACCACUCCCUCGCCAUGGGAUAAUUGUAGGCCAAAGGAACAAAUCUGCCUUAGCUCUCGCCCUCCAACCAAUUGGAGAUGUGAACUGUGAACCUGGACUUUAAUUGCAGUCCUAAAUAGUUACCUGGAGGUAACCAAUCGCCGGUUCUCGUUCCCAAACAGAUUUAAUUCAUGCCUGCCUGCCUUCCGGAGUACAAAAUCCAUGCACAACUGUUCAGAUGCACACGUGCCAUCUUUUGAGUCUUUUAUCUCUCAGCCUAACCUACCUCAUGGGGUGGUUUUGAGAAUAUUGGGUCUGCCACCCUGAUCUCCUUGGAGGAUGGACAGAAUAAAAACGUAAUAAGAAAGUUAGGAUUGUGCCUUCCUAAAACGAAGAAAAGAAAAGUGUCAAUUGGCCAUCUGCCCUUUUCUUGACAGUUGCUUCAGAGGAUCUUAAAAAGAGAUGUAUGCCUAAUUCUACAGUUAUGCUACCUGAAAACUGAUGGGGGUGUGCAUGUGUUUUGCAGUUUGGUAGGCAUCCCUGAACGUUGAGCAGGAGUUUUGCCUUGGGUGCUUCUUACACUGUGAGGAGCUAAGAAUUGAGCUGUUCGGCUUCUGUCGGCUUCUGCCAGAUGGUGAAGGUUUUGUUGCAUUGCUUUUCUUCCCUGCGUGCUUUGAGCUCCUUUGUGCUUUGGCUAAA